AUGGAAAGCUCUCGUGAUAUUACAGUUGCGUCGAGUAACAAUGGCGCAGAUGACAUCAUUGAGGAAACUUAUCCAUGCGCUGAUGCCGAUUCAGGGUCUAUCAGAAACCGUAUCGCCUGUAAGACAGGUCAUAUACUGAAUAACCUUACGUCGAGCGUGUGGUAUAGCUAUGCAUUGCUCUAUUUUCAACACGUUGCUGGUUUGUCCGCCGUCAGCGUUGGCAUCAUUUUCUUCAUUUCUCAAACACUAAUGGCAGGAAGUUCGCUUUUGAUUACUUUGAGCCGCGAGAAACGCUUAUGGAAGUAUUUUUCCCCGUAUGGAAAACGAAAAGCAUGGCAUAUUAUUGGAUCAGCCGGUGUGUUGUUCUCGUGGCCUUUCAUCUUUAUACCGUGCUUGUUUUGUGAAAAUAAUAGCUCGCAUGUUACGUUAGGGGCUUACUAUCUGCUAUCUGUGGCUUUAUUUUCGAUCUCUUGGCCACUUGCUGAAGACAGUUACUAUUCACUUAUGACUGAAAUACGAGAGGAAAACGGCAAAGAUACCGAAGCGUCAAGGUAUGUUGGUGACAAAUUCUCGGGUUUAUGAACAUAAUUUUUCAUAAUAAGCAUCUCAAACAGCACGCAUUGUUGAAAUUAUACAUACUACUUUUCAUCGGCCCUAAUUUGAGAGACAAAUUCAAAUCUUAUCCAUCUUAAAGCCUCAUGAAUCAAGUAAAGUAUUGUAAUUCCUAUGGUGGCAUGCCAAAACAUUCUUGUCUAGCUUUCCUAAUAUUUUUUUCUCGGAAAAAUCUAAGAGCUUUGUUUUGAAAAAUGUGAUUACUGAUCAUUCAGCAUCCCAUAAUUGACACAGUUUCAAUAAACAGCUGGAGCUCAUGGAUGUCACCCGGUGACAUCUCAAAGACUUAUUCUUUAUGAACUAUUUUACAAAGUCGGACAAACUUCAACAGUUUUCCAUGCGAAGAGAUCUUUUUUGCGCAUGUUCCAUUCAAGCCGCUUGUCUAUGCUAAAAACGAGAAGUUGUCAUCGAAAAACGGAGGUUUUUGAAAACGAUGAUGUGACUGCUUGGUGAAUCUUGGGGCGGGAAAAUAGGGCCUCUAUUAUGCACUCCCUCUGUGAUGAAUCUAGGUGUUUCUGCCACCAGUGAUCGUUGUAGUGUGGACAAAGAACAUAACAUAUACUUUCUAGUGUGGACGGAAUACUUUAAUUGCAUUUUGAGAGAGAGCCCGCUUUUUUAAACUUUAUCUGGCGUAGCGUUGAAGGGACUUUCCCGUUUCAAAUUCCUGUAAACCCACUUCAUUUAGACUGUCAUGGAUUUAAAUUGCAUUUUCAUAGAUCCAUUGUCCGCGUUUGCAAGGUGUGUCUCUAUAUCUUACUGUGGAUUCUGCUUCAAGAGAGUACGGAAAGUAAAAUGAAUUCAAAUGUUAGCGAGCAAUUUACGGUAAGUAUUACCCUUAAAACUAAAGUAGAAUUUAGAUUAAGGCUUUAUCAGUGAAACGUUAUGAGGUUAUGAGAUUUACAGGAUGAUAAGAAUUUUAUUCACUAAGUGGCUUCAAGAAAACUUUUUUUGAUAUGAAUCAUGAUCAUUUUAUUCUUUAGCGUUUUGCGAUCAUUCUACUUCCAGUUGGAUUUCUAUUCGUCUUCGCUUUCCAUUUAACGGUGCUAGAGCCCAGACCUCAGACAGAUGAAAGAAAGCUUGAUGAAGGUACUUGCACUUUACCUACUGAAACUCUCGCUGGGGGUCUGGAGCACAGAAUGUACCGGUUUACAGGCCCUCAACGCACACACCUGGACAUACCAAUUAUAUUGUUAUUCCCUCUGAGUGGGAGGCUAACCUUUGCCACUCCCCCUCCCCCUAAAAUUUCAUAGUUUACCAAAUAUAGCCUUUAAAUAUUCGUGGUUUACGAAAGACUCUAUGAAAAUCUCAUCCAGUGCCGAACAGUCAAUACAUUUUGGAAAGGGGGCUAGUAAUUUUACGGAAGAUUCAUGUAAACGUGAUUACACCAAUAAUAUUUUUGACGCUGAGUUUUACACUGAAAGAAUUUUUGCGAACUUUCAUUCUUAGUGAGAGUUGCACAAAAUUUUUUUGUGCGCAAAGAGCAUUGGGUAAUAAUAACUGUUUAAUUGCACCAUUGUAACUCCAUAUACUCAUUAGUUUCCUUAUUUGUUUGUUUUUUUGAUUCGUUUUCGUUUUUUAAUGUAGAGAAAAACUGUGGGAGAUCAACUGCAGACGUAACUUCUCGAACAACGAUAGUGAACCACGAACCGACGGGAAUAAGAGAGGGGCCAAAAUUAACUUGGUUCGAAUGGCUGAAAGAACCUUCGUUAUAUAAGGUAAGUAAAAAUCUGAGAUUUCACUUUACAGUUCACCAGAAGCGUUAUCGUUUAUACCACUUUCCCUCAUGAAAUAUCUAGUCAAUUUAAAGAAUGAAUUCUCUAUCAUCUGGAUCCAUUAAUUCUGUGGUAGAAAUUAAUCUACUAAAGUGUCUCAGACACAAAAAUUUUUGAUCUCAGAAGACAUGAUUAACGAGGUUGAAAUACCAGUUUCCAAAUUCUAUCUUCAUUUUAGCUUUAAUAUACUCAACUUUGCUUAAAAUGCUACAUGUAAUUUUAUCCUGAUUAUUUGUUUUAUUUCAACUUUUAUACGUAUUCACACGAGCACACAAGCUUUGUAAUUUUAUCUUUAUCGCAUUUAAAUAAAGGUUUUAUUCACUUCUUUCACUUACUAAUAAUAUACGGAAGGACGUGGUUAACAUUUCGUUAGCCUUCUUGAUCAAACACGUCAAUACACGGUGUUUUUUCUUUCAUUAGAUUUCCUUUAUUCCAUAAACUAUUCGAUUAUCGUUUUCCUUCUUUCCUUCAUUAUAGGUUGGUUGUAUCGUCGUUUUUUCCAACAUCACAUUUCGGAUCGUUCAGUCAUACCUUCCGCUGUAUGUCGUCGAAACGCUAAACUUACGAAAAGUAAGCAAAAAGUGUCGUAACAGUUAUGUUGUAAAGGCCAUAGAACAAUUUUCAAUUGUAUUGAAAGUGAUCUGGCAUUGCUUUGAUUAGUUUUACGUUAUUUCGUUUUGUAAUCGGUCCAGGAAACUCGUGCCUCUCUCGUAAUUUAUCCAAUUGGAUGCAAAACUAACACCAAUCACGACUUGCAUUGGUCGCCCGGGUUUUUAAAGCGCUUUAGACAGUUUGGUUGUCUUUACUUUGAGUUCUCAUCCGCCCCACAGGGUAUCUUCCUUUUCUCUGAAUGGCUGUUGUAAUUUUGUCUUAACGAAACUCAGUAGAAAAGUUCUUCAAUUUAAACGCACAUUACAUCGUCAUUUGCUGCAUUAUUCUACAAAAUGAAGAUAUUUGUAUAAGUAAUCACAUGACUUCGAGUGCAAUUUGGAAUAAAUAAGCACGAGUAAAUUUGUGGUCUUUGAAAAAAUUUACUCGUGCUUAUUUAUUCCAAAUUACAGGAAAAAAUUAUGUGAUUACGUAUUAAUAAUAUACAUGAAGAAAUACGAGAUAUUAUCAUAAUUAUGCAGAAGCAAAGCGCGCGCAUCAAAUGCAAAAAUAAUUUAUUCAAACCCAACAAGUGACAUUGCGCGUUCGGUCAAAACAACCGCGCACGAUCAAAACAAUAAUAUACAAUGAUAUUUUCACAUCUUCAAGGUGCAAAAAAGUUCAAAGUCAAGCUAAACAGUUCAAGGAAUUGUUCAGUCUGGUUUGUUACUUCUUUGCACCGAAUUAACCCCCUUCUGCAUUGAAUUACCUGAAAACUGCAUUUAUCCUAACCAAUCAGAACUGAGUAAUUUUUUCAUGUAUCUUAUUGAGGACGAAACAUGCGACUGUAGAGUGAGAAAUUAUGAUGUUAUGUUUGCUAUCGAGCUACAAUAGGGGAGUGGAAAAGGAUUCAACUUUACUGGCAGGUGAAGGAGUAGAGAAUUAUAGACCCUGCACCAGCAUUUGAUGAAAAACAACAGGUUUUAUCCGUUGGAGAAUAAAAAAAAUAAUUAGGAAUUCAACCAAGGAAUCUCUCUUUAAGUCCUCUGAUGUAAAUGAAAAUAUAUUUCAGUCAUGUAUUUGCUUCUACCUUUCUUUGUUGUAGGAAUCUGUUGCCUUUUUCCCCCUCAUUAUUGUGAUCAGUCGUAUUGCGACCGAACUAACUUGUAGAAGCUUCACAGAUAGACUUACAAUGACACCGAGGGUAAAUCUUUCUUUGUUCUCAUCACUCGUCUGCUUGAUAUUGUAUUGAUAUUGUAAGGAGAAAUUCUGUCUUGCUCACUCAUGGGAGUUAAAGGGUUGAGCGAAAGCCCUACCAUGACGAGAGCCUACCGGACGAGAGCCUCAUGCCAUUUCGCAUACGGUCACAGCCCGGUUCUCACAUAUUAUAGGGUGUGCCGUGAUGAUUCUGACUUUCAACUAAUCAAUAGUAUCGAGUCGGACUUUUUCUUGCUGAAGAUGGUUAUGUGUACUUCGGGGUCAAUUGAGACUUUAAUUCCGAAUCAGAACAUAUUAAUUCAUAAUUUACGCAGAGCAGCGUAUAUUGAAAGGCAUCGCUAGGAUAAAGGGGGGGAGCUACCAAAGAAACUGCAGGGCUCCGUCGGUGGAGAUAUUUCAAGAUAAUUAAGUUUAUUAACUCAGCUGAUAAUGUAAAUUGGUCGCCAUAGAGAGUCUCUUUAGCAGAUAUUUCGAGCGUUAGCCCUCUGUCAGUACGAGUAGAGGAAUUGUGUGCACUGCGUGUUUUUAUGUGAAGAAAAACGGAGAUAUACUAUCUUGGUCAUGUAUGAAUACUGGAAUAGAAUGACGGCAAAACACGUAGCAAGACAUUUUUUUUUUUAUCGGCGGUUCCGUGACCUCAGUUCCGUUUACUUUCUAUUUUUCCUCACAGGUUAUAAUCUUGUGCACAACUUUUGCAAUAUUUGGUACCAGCAUAUGGUUUUUCCUACAGUCAGCAUCUAGAACCUCUUCUGUUUAUGUGCCCACGAUUAUUUUUGCUGGAAUGUCCUCGCUUAUCACCAUGGUAACGCCGACACUUCAAUAUCACAUCACUGGAAAUAGCAAGGUAAGCGAACCCUUUUAAAUCAAGAUAAAACGGAGACCUCUUUUUUGUCUCAAAAGUUUAAUAGGCUUAAAUUACUCUGUUUAGUCAUACCAGUUUCGUUUUCCAGGCGAAAGAAGAUAUUUCAUUCGAUUAGUUAGAUGAGCAAUUUUUAGAAAUUUCGACAUCACAGAGAGUUGCUUCUGUAUAUUUGUUAGUAAAGAAUCAUUCACUCUUUAUCACUUUGGGAAGGGGGGGAUCACAUGGUUUUCAGGGGGGACGAAGGGAGGGGAUCAGUCGUCACCAACGGAGUUUAAAGGAGGGAUAUAGAAAAUUGACUUCCAAUUAACUGCCAAUGAUGGGGGCCAUAAGAAUAUUACAGAGCCCGGGGGGGGGAAGGUAAAUCUCAUUGUGACAUGACUGAAAUCCUCCAAACCUCCCCCCCCCCCUCUGUCCCUUAGAAACAGUCGCUGAAUUUGAAAGAGAUUCUCUAAAGACGUGAUUAACCACCAAACGAGUAAAAGGAUGGCUUAGUGGAGAAGAUGUAAGGUAUAAAAAAGAUGUUUAAAGAAGUUUAAACGGCGACCUAAAGAAACUGUUAGCUACGAAUUCUAUUUCUUUUCAGGAAGCGGUUACAUUCGUUUCUCUAAUUUUUGAAUGCACGGAGAGGGUUCUUCUUGGAGGGAUUGUGCUCGCAGUCCAAACAUCUUUUCCCGGGAACAAAGACAAGUGAGCAAAUAACAACUUCCCAAAUUAAUUUGGAAAAUUUGUGGAGAGGGCGUAAAUUACAAGAGUGUUGAAGCAGUCCUCAAGUUAGAGAAAAGAAGAACUCGUCACCAGUCUCAUUCCGUCUUGUUUCGUUCUUUUCCAUUCUUUCCCUUCUCUUUGAAUUCUUAAAUAUUUUGUCGGCGUUUUCUCCAUCAUGUUUGGCCAUUUUCCUCCCUUUUUGCGUCACUUCUUCCUUCCUUUCAAUUCAUGACGGCUACAAAUCUGCUGUUUAAAGUGUCGAUAUUUGUUCUUUAUUAGUGCUUUUUGACAAACUUUCACUUUUAAGAUCUCAUUAGUAAUUUUCCUUACUAUCAUCCAUACAAUUCUUACGCAGUUAGUUUGGAGAAUUUAAUAUUGGAUCGACCAAUAAUUCAUAUUUUCAUAUAUUCUCAUCACAUGUCUACUUGAUAUUGUCUUGAUAUUGUAAGGAGAAAUUAUGUCUUGAUCACUCUGGGGAAAUAAAGGGUUAAGGCCUUCUUUAACUUUUUGCAAGUGGAAUUGUCCGAAUAUGUCUAUUUACAAAUCAUAACCCACCAACCACAUUUCAGAACUGAACUUUAAGCCGGAGAUGUAAAGGUUUUCGUGGGUUGCUCCUUGUGUCUAUUUCCGAAAUUUUAUCAUAAUAUGCAAACGAUUAUUUCUUGUAAACCAGAUCAGUCGGUGAAUAUCUGCGCGUUGCCUUCCCAGCAACCUUUGGUUCCUGCAUUUUGGUUCCCCUGCUGAUAGCUACAGCGUCUAUGAGCUCAAAAGACUCCAAUGAAGGUAUGAUGCAAAACCCAACAUGAUGGCGCGCUCUAGACUUUACUCUUGAUGAAGUGUUGUGGGUUUAUGUACAGCAUUAAAUGAUCUAAAUGGCCACCAAACGACCACAAACAAGCGAAACAAAAGCUUUCAGACAUACUACAUGCAAUUGGAGCAAAAACAUAUCUUCCUGCGGAUAUCACGCUAUGGAAACAGCAUAGUAGUGCCAGUAAUGAAUACCUAUAUAAUUGUUAUUUUAACUGUAAAGUAGGUGUGUAAUCUUCAACAAUAUUUUUGAUCUUAAAGGUCCGAUGCUAACUAUUACUGCAGCAAGUCCCCGAGAGGAGAUUGAACCGAUACAUACCAGUCAGCGGUUGGAAAACUGUCUUGAACGUCUUGGUAUGUGAUUUUAACAUAUCACGCUCAUCUCGUUCCCAGAUCUUCCCAGUGAGAUAAAUAGUGAAAUCAUUUCGCUGCUUGGAAAAGCAGUGGCAAAAAUAUACUACAUACCAGCCGUCUUCAUCACAGGUUUCUGCUAUGCAGAAUAUGUGUGAAACGCAUCAUGGCGGGCGCGUGAAAACAAAAUGAUAUCGUUAUUGUGGUGGGAAAUAUCUGGCUUCGUUUUGGCGUAGACGAAAACGAAGACUCAUAGCGCAUUUGACCGAGGCUAAAGCCAACAACAACCAGUUUUACACAAGCGACUUUUUCCUCAUUUUCUUCGCUUUUCUUGUUUUCCUUUAUUUUAUUUUUUCUCAUCUUCUUCCGCGAUCAUAGAUUAAAAGCUUAAAUGAACUUUACUGUUAUUUUCAUUUUCAGUAUGUUCGGAAACAUCAACUCCACCCGUGUACAUCGAACGUGGCGAAAGGAGGCGAAACAGUGCGGAGAUACAAAGUUAGCUGGUUGAUAACAAGCAUCUGUUCCAAAUUACAAACUGUUUACAGUGAAUUGACUCUUACGUUAAUAUUUUUCUUUCUUAAAGGUUCCUUGUCAACGGCUCUCCCGUCAGAUGUCGAACCUGAAGCAGAAGCAAGGUCUCCUGAACAGCGGGAUCGAGGUUUGUACUUGUUAGAAAUGGGGUGUCGCAUUUCAAGGUCAUUUUGUGGUGUUGUUGGGGAAGAAACGAUCCUCACGCAUCACCUUUCUCCGCCCAGGAGUAAAAAUGGGAACCUGAGAAACUUAAUGAAAUACAGAGGGAGCCUGUAAAGGAAUAUAAUUUUAUUCAGAAGCAGAGGCAACAAUAUGGUCACUUUGCGGUUUAGUCUCGCAAACAGACGUUACCUCUCACUUAGAUUGGCAAAUCUAGGACCUUUCCUCCUUCGAUAUAAAACUGUCAUCUACACCCCCCUCCCCCCUAAGAAUAUAAAACUGUUGUAUACACCCCCUUCCCCCUCUCCCCCUUCCCUUCCCUUCCUCACUAGACCUUUGCUUCUCUAAUUUUUCUCAAUAUACUUUAAAGGUGGUAAAAACUGUGUAACUUCGAGAAUUUGCACCUAAAUAUUCUGUUUGGUCAUACUUUUAUGUGUGAGUUUCACAAUGUCUCUUUCUUUUCUUCCUUUGACAGAUAUCGAGGAAGUCAAGCGAGCAUUAGACGAGCUUCAUCGACUUCCUUCCACUGAUUUGUAG